CUCGCGAGGUUUGCACUUCCUAUUUUCUUCAUCCAGCAUGGCCACGCUGAAUGAGGGAUUCACGUUGUGCGGACUUGUACAAACUCCAAGUGCUUCAGAUUCGGCAAUUCAGGGAAUUGAACUGGAUGGAGACAGUGACCAUGCCGUCGUCACCGAUUCCACGAGAUCUGUCACUUUAUACAAGGUUUCAGACCAGAAGCCUCUGGGUAGCUGGACGGUGAAACAGGGACAGCUGUUGACUUGUCCUGCAGUGUUCAACUUUCAGACCAAGGAGUAUGUAGUGGUCUCCGACAACAAGGUCAUCAGAGUUUGGAAAGAUGAAGACCUCAGUUUAGACAAAGCAUUUAAAGCAACUGUAUCUGCUGAUGUAUGGAGGGUCCACUCUGCCCCUGGGGGAGAGCCUGUGGUGCUGUUUCAGAGAGGGGCAGUCAGACUCCUGGACUCCCUCCUCUCCGCCCCCCAGCAGCCCAUAGAGGACAUCCUGUCAGAGGAGGAGGUCAUAAGAUGGAGCACCAACAUCGUGGCUGAGAAACAACACUUUGUCCUCUUCACGACAGAGCAGAAAGGGGAGCACUUCCUGUAUGCGCAGAGGCUCAACCCCAACACCCUACAGAAGUAUAGGCUGGAGAGGGAAGACUCUGGAGCUCCCCCGUUGAGUUUCUCUGCCUCUCUCCGGGACAAACGCAUCAACCUGCUCUACCUGUACCCUAAUGGCUGUGUGUACCAGAGUGUGGUGGCGGUGCGGGGGCCUGUGGGGCUGGAAGGGGUGCAGGCCCUGCCUCGUAGCCUGCGCCUGAGGCUGCCCGUUGGGGAGGGGGAGCUGGGAGCUGCCUCGGCGGUGGCCCUGGACGAAGCUCAUGUGGCUGUGGUGGGGAUGCCCCAUCCCUCCGCCAGGACGGGCAAAGAUUUCCUCUGCAUCUGGAAUACUAAUUUCCAGACACUUCAGGCUGGCAGGGAGAUGGUGGGAAGAAUCCAUGGACAGGUCUGGUGUUAUUUAGGAAAGCUGUUUGUCCCUCAUGGCAAGGCCCUCUCCGUCAUUCCCUACGAGUGUCAGAAGUCCUCCCUGGCCUCGGCCCUGGGGAAACUACGAUGCGCCGGGAUCGCAGUGUCCACGUCGUCAGUGGCUGUGCCCUCUUGGAACACCCUACUCCAUGGGGAUCAGCCACAGGGGCCCACCAAAAUAGUGGAUACCAGGAAGAGUUCCUCCCUUGUACAGAAGCUGAGACGGAAGGGCCAAUCAGCGCCUGCCCUCACAGUGGACCAAGUACUGGAGCUAAUCAAGACUGGUCCAGUGGAGGAGGUCCAGAGGGAGGUGGAGGCCCUGGUCUCCAGAGGCGAUGCCCAGGACCUGCAGCUCUCGGUGGGCUGGCUGGCCUGCCACCUGGUGGCCCGAAGCCAGGUCGAGACAGCCUUCUACGCUCCCGGGGCCUUGGCACAGCUGGUGCAAACACAGUGCCUUUGUCACAGCGUGUGUCCCGACCUCCUGCUGCUGGCCCUGGAGCACAAGGACUACUUCCUGUGUCAGCUCUGCCUGCAGCUCUUCCCAGACAUCCCUGAGGUGGUCACGUGUGCCUGCCUCAAAACUUUCAUCAGUGUGCCAGACGGCGACGUGGAGAUGGUCAGUCUGGAGCCGGACAGCGUGUCCUUCAUGGAGGGCCUGCUGGCGGCGGGGGCCCGGGGGGGCCAACAGAACGGCUUCAGCCCCCCUCUGUUUGAGGAGGACAGCUGUGACCCCCACCACCAGCCCAAACCUCCCCAGCACCAGGAUAAGAAGAACCCCACACUGCAGCUGGAGGUCUGCCCCGUGGGUCUACACAAGGCUGUGCUGCUUAAUGAGGUCCUGCAGGCGCCGUACAGUGACAACCUCCUGCUCCCACACCUGAAGGACCUCAACACUCAGCAGGUUAUUCUCUUUCUUCAGUACCUCCAGUUCGUCUAUUUGAAAUAUUCCCAAGACGUCUACACACAAACGGCAGGUUUGAGAUCGCCCACAAUGACACAGAUCAUUGACUGGGUGUGCUUGUUUUUGGAUGCUCAUUUCAUGGUCUUGGUCAUGGCUCCUGAUGCCAAAGGAUUGUUGUCAAGUCUUGAAAGCUUUGUCAAGUCCCAGGUGAAACUAUUCUCUGAACUGGGGAAGAUCGAGGGCAGUCUUCAAGAGCUCCACAAAAUGAAGCCGUCGAAGGACAUCAGCCAGUACUCCAUAGAAGUCAUUGAGCUGUUUUAGACCAUAUUUACAGAUUAUUUCUAAUUAAACUCUGCUGUUGACCUUCUCCCCAUUUUUCUCUUGGUCAGUUGCAUCGUUGUGUUCCACCUUGUAUUUGGUACGCUACCGAAAGGUCCAUGGUUAAACUGCUAUAUCAUACCUAUCUACUGUAGAUACCUACACUGGUCCCAGAUCUGCUUGUGCUUUCAACGAUGAACAUAGGAGUUGGCUGUGCAGCGCCCAAACAGAUCUGGGAUCAGUCUAGUUGAUUCCCAGAUGUGUAGAGCAAAUGAUUCUCUAGUUCUGAACUGUGGCAUUGCCGAGCCCUCGGUCCCUAUAGCCAUGUGAUUUGUAUUUGUCUGUAUAAUCUGAGGGCGGGUGUAGUAGAAAUAUUUGCUAAUAUGAAUUAUGUAGAAAACUAUAUAGUCCCAUGAUAUUUCAUCAUGGCAUAGAUACUUUUAACCUAUGGAACAUACUGCCCCUUUUUUUACAGGAAUAUACAGAAUACUGACAUGUCUAAAAAUGGAAAUGGGUCUCAACCUUCCAUAUGGUUGACAGUCUUGUGGUUAAAUGUUGUAUUUCAUAAAGGCGAUUUGGACAGUGAAUGACAUCUCCCAAUCACAUUAUAGUAGCACAUGUUUUCUAUUGAUACAUUUUGUGUUGCAUUCUAACAAAGUCCAUUCUGAAUUCAUAUGACAGUAUUUGUAUUAAAAAUACCCUAUGCACAAAAUGA